AUGCGUUACCUUCACCAUGCUGUCGAUUUCCUGUGGCUCGUUGCUGGCGCCGGAGCUUUGCGGCACACCAAGCUCUUCACCAGCUCACUUGCGUUCAGGAAUCAUCCUUUCCCAACAAUUGCGGUCGAAUGUCCCGAGCUCGGCCCAUCGGGCACCUACAUUGAUAAGGACCACACUUCAGAGGGCGCCGGUCUUAUCCCAUCGCUAGCGUGGCCUGCUCCAAUGGAUGAUACUGUGGAAUACCUUCUUGUCAGCGAGGACCCGGAUGCACCGAUUCCCGAAUCUAUCAUUCACGGGAUAUACUAUCGAAUUUCGCGCGAGAAGACUGGGGUCCAAAACCCCGAUUUUAAAAUUAAAAACGAUAGCUGGGAACCACAUAUGCUUCAAGGCGGCUUCAAGUAUGGAAAGAACAGACACGACUCGGUUUAUCUGCCGCCUACCCCAUUCUUCGGUGCCGGUCCCCAUCGCUAUUUCUUCGAGCUCAUUGCGUUGAACGAUUCGAUUGAGACGGAUAAUAUGAGCACCUUGGCAAAGCCCGAAGAGAUCCAAAAGCAGAUCCUUGGAAAGGUUGCCGGCUGGGGUGAAUGGGUUGGAGUGUACGAGUACCGUUGA